AUCACACACCUCCACCUCCGGCACUCCUCCGAUCUCCGUUUCACCACCGAGCUUGAACCGAAGGAAUUUCGCCAACUACUAUGUAGUCUUUCUUAACACUAAGGGUCUACGAGUCUGCCGUGGUUUUGAUACCAAGACUGAUAUCAGAGAAAGCUUAUUGUUUUGGUUAAUUUUCUCGUGGAUCGACCAGCAACCAUGGACGAAACACUCGGUCGUCUGCUCGACCGGUCCUGGGACUUGUUCCUGAAAACGCCCGAGGACACGCGAUUCUUGAUUGCCGUUGGCGGCAUUCCCGGUUCAGGCAAAACCACCCUCUCCAAGCGCCUCACGGCCGCGCUCAACGCCCGGCACGCGGCCCAGUUCCCCGGGCGGCCCCCCGUCGCCGUGUUCGUGCCCAUGGACGGCUACCACUACACGCGCGCCCAGCUCGACGCCAUUCCGGACCCGGCCACCGCCCACGCCCGCCGGGGGGCCGAGUUCACCUUCGACGGCGCCGCCUUCUUGCGGCUGGUCCGGCGCCUCAAGGAGCCGCUGACCGACGGCUCGCCCACCGUCCUGGCCCCCUCGUUCGACCACGCGCUCAAGGACCCGAAGGAGGACGACAUCGCGGUCGAGAGGACGCACCGCAUCGUCGUGCUCGAGGGCAACUACACCCUCCUCAACAAGCCACCCUGGUCCGACGCGGCGUCGCUCUUCUCCUUCACCGUCUUCGUCUCGGUCCCGCGCGAGGUUGCCCGCGCUCGCCUGGCGGCGCGCCACCUGGCCGCCGGCCUCGUCGCCACCCCCGAGGCCGCUGACCGCCGCGCCGUCGAGAACGACCUGCCCAACGGCGACGAGAUCCUCCGGCUGCGGAUCCCCCGCGUGGAUGAGGUGGUCGAGAGUCGGGAAGACGGCGGGUGGGCGAACUAGCCCGAGGAGAAAGGGGAGGGAGGGAUUUGGCUCAUCACCAUUUUUUUCGGUUUUGUUGACCGCGAGCGACCUUUGCACAGGAGACUCGUCAUGGUCAAUGAUGGGGCAUGCUUCACCAAAUUACCCACCACCCGCCAUUGUGGAAUAGCUUCUCGUGACGCGGGCCCGCGGAUAGAUCAUGCUAGAAAAAGGAAGGAUGAAGCCAAAGAUAGUGCAGCGAAUAUCCGUCCUCUGCGUGGGUAGCAUUUGGUUACUCAACAGUAUUAACUAAACCAACAAAGACGCGAACUAUCCGUCUUUCCUACUACCUACACACUCAGUUUCCUUUUAAAUAGCUAAUGCCUG